CCCGUGUGGCUGAGGCAGGAGGCAGCUGGGCUGGGGGGACACUUGCUGUGCUCACUCGGUGCUGUGUCCUGGCAGAAUGUCCUCGCUGGAGCACUCUUUGGACCAUGGACUGGGCUGGUGCUGUGCUCAGUCCUCACAUCUGUGGGAGCAACAUGCUGCUACCUGCUCUCUGACGUGUUUGGAAAGCAGCUUGUUGUCCACUACUUUCCUGAGAAAGUGGCUCUGCUGCAGAGAAAGGUAGAAGAGAACAGGAGCUGCUUAUUUUUCUUCUUGUUGUUCCUGAGGCUGUUCCCCAUGACACCAAACUGGUUUCUGAAUCUCUCAGCUCCCAUUUUAAACAUCCCCGUGUCCCAGUUCUUCUUCUCCGUCCUCAUCGGACUUACACCCUAUAAUUUCAUCUGUGUGCAGACAGGAGCCAUUCUGUCACAGAUCACCUCUUUGGAUGCCAUUUUCUCCUGGGACACGCUGCUCAAACUCCUUGCCAUGGCUGUGGCAGCAUUGAUACCAGGGACCCUCAUCAAGACAUACAGCAAGAAGCACUUGAAGCUGGAUGAAGACAAGCACACUCAGUUACUCAAUGGCAAAAAGAGCUUGUGAUGGCCAAGAGCCCCAGGUGCUGGGGGAAAUGUCUCACAGAAGCUGCAGGGCUCUGUUCCUGUGGGUUGUGUUCUGCAUGCUCUGUGCCACCGUGGACCAAGGACAAGUGGAGUUUUUAAUCAUUCCUCUCCUGUAAGAGGAGGUGUAAGGUUCUUAUUUUUACUGAAUGUUUCACUGUGCAUGUAUCUGCACGGAGAGCACUAUACAGGGGCUUUGUG